AAAAUCUGGGUUUAUUAUUGAGUUAGCCCCUAAAAAUUAUUCCGGCCUCUCCAUCUUCAUCUUCAUCGUCAUCUAAAAACCAACCUAAGCAAAACAUACAUAUUUCAUCCUUUUCUAACAGGAACCAUAACAACACAUUCCAUUCUGAAAGUCUGAUACAUACACCUGUUAUGCAAAUCAAGUUUGAUGGCCAGAUUAGAAUUGGAUACAUCUUCCCUGGAGGGGGUUUUAUAGUGGAGAAUGGAGUAAUUUCCAUUUAUGAUUCAAAUCGAGUUUAGGCAUACAUUUCAGAUAAGAAAUCGAUUCAGAUCCGGUUUAGAUAUAGGAUCAGAAAUCGCAACCAACUUCGGCUGUAAUUCAGAAAACCCAAUUACUGAUUAGUCACAUAGAUUGCAGAAUUUAAUAAAUCACAAGUGAAUUCAAAGUUGUCACACAGUUUCUAAUCCGCCUGUGAAUAACAAAAACGCGAAAUCUGCACGUUGAUUGAUGAUCCGGAAGCUGAGAGUAGCUUUAGCGUUAAGCGCCUCGAAUCAUACGAGUACAUCCGAGUGGAGGAGACGAAUUCACUGGUGAAAUCCAUUUCUGUAACAGCUGGCGAGGAGAUCCCGUUGAAGGGUCUACUAUCGACGGUGAGCUUGAACGUGAUUAGCCGGAUGGUUUUGAGGAAAAGGUAUUUGGACGAAGAAUCGAACUUAGUGGUGAGUCCGGACGAGUUCAAGAAGAUGCUGGACGAGUUGUUUCUGUUGAACGGUGUUUUUAACAUCAGUGAUUCAAUACCGUGGAUCGAUUUCAUGGAUUUACAGGGUAUGUGAAGAGGAUGAAGGCUGUGAGUAAGAAAUUCGAUCAGUUUCCAGAGCAUGUUCUCAACGAGCAUAAUGAACGGAGGAAGACCGCCGGAGAGAAAUUCGAAGCGAAGGACAUGGUUGAUUUGUUGUUGCAACUUGCCGAUGAUCCAAAUCUCGAUGUUAAACUUGAGCGAUAUGGCGUCAAAGCUUUUACCCAGGUUGAAGGAGCUUAUCUUGAGGAUGCCAAAUCCUUAAGCAAUUGGGAUACCUUUUGUCAUUCUGUAGGUUGUGGAGAAAAUGGAGAGAACGGUGAUAUUGCAGAUUAUCAUUAUCAUCUUUUUUUGAAAGAUAUUGAGAUAAUGCAUUCCCUUGGCCUAAAAGCAUACCGAUUUUCGAUAUCAUGGGCUAGAAUUCUUCCAAGAGGAAAGUUCGGUGAAGUUAAUCCCAUGGGCAUCAUGUUCUAUAACAAGAUCAUCGAUAAUCUAAUUCUCAAAGGAAUCGAACCAUUUGUGACGAUUCACCAUUUUGAUUUUCCUCAAGAACUUGAAGAUAAAUAUGGGUCUUGGCUAAACCAUGAAAUGCAGGAAGAUUUUGUGCAUUUGGCAGAUAUUUGUUUCAAAUAUUUUGGAGAUAGAGUAAAGUAUUGGACAACAUUUAACGAACCAAACCUCUUUACUGACUUUGCUUAUAUGUGGGGUGCUUAUCCACCGUCUCGUUGCUCGAAGCCUUUUGGCAACUGCCGUACUGGAAACUCUGACGUGGAGCCUCUUAUUGUUAUGCAUAACAUGGUGUUGGCUCAUGGAAAAACAGCAAAGCUGUAUUAUAAAAAAUACAAGCUUGAACAAGGUGGAUCAAUCGGGAUUGUUGUAAAUUGUCUCAUGUUCGUACCACUAACGAAUAGCAAGCUUGAUGUUGAAGCUGCCCAAAGGGCGUUUGCUUUCUCUAUUGGCCGGGUACUGGAUCCGUUGAUAUAUGGAGACUACCCUCAAGAAAUGCAUGAAUAUCUUGGAAAUCAACUACCAAAAUUCUCAAUCCAUGAAAAGUACAUUUUGAAGAACAGUAUCGAUUUUAUAGGCAUCAACCAUUACUCGUCUAUAUACACUAAAGAUUGUACAAACUCUACUUGUUCUCCGACUGCAAAUCGUGCAAUCCAAGGGUUUUUAGAUAUUGUGGCAAUGCGAGAUGGUGUAUUGAUCGGCGAAAGUACCGGGAUAGAAGGCUUUUAUGUUGUUCCUAAAGGAAUAGAGGAGAUCGUUAAUGAAAUUAAGUUUCGGUACAAAAAUAAACCCAUGUUUAUUACAGAAAAUGGUUAUUCUUCACCCGAUCUACACGAGAAACAAGUGAAUGUUAUUUUGAAUGACACGAAACGAGUUAAAUUCCACCAAGAAUAUCUUGAAUUUUUAGCUAAAUCCAUAAGAGAGGGAGCAGAUGUACGCGGCUAUUUUGUAUGGUCGUUGAUGGAUAACUAUGAAUGGCUUAGCGGUUACAAUGUGAAGUUUGGGUUAUACUAUGUGGACCGUGAAACACAAACCCGAAUACCAAAACUUUCUGCAAUAUGGUAUAAGAAUUUCUUAUUAAACAAAACUAUCCUAUCAAUAUUAGAGCAUAUGCAUAAAUGAUUUGAUGCAAAAAGAUUGUAUGUUGGGUUCAUAUUGAAACUAUCAUAAGAAUGUACUACUCGUUUAUAAUAAGUUAGCACUAAAAUGGAACCAACAUUACUAAUUCUCUUGUAUGGUAAGAUUGUGUAAUUCUCACCUAUACCUUUCCCCCAUUUUCUUAUGGGAUUUCGGUUUCGUUAUUGUGAUUGUUGUUGAAUAAGUUGAUAAGAAGAUUUACAUGAGUCAA